AUGGUAAAGGAAUCAAAAGAAUUCAACUUUGAACAAGACGAAAAAGUAUUAUGCUAUCAUGGACCAUUUAUAUAUGAAGCAAAGGCAAUAGACCUUUUGUCAUUAUUUAAUAUUAUCAAAAGAGAGAAAAAAGAAGAGGAUGAUCAAGAAGUCAACAUGUACUUUGUACAUUACAAAGGCUGGAAACAAACUUGGGAUGAAUGGAUUACAGAAGACAGGGUUUUGAAAUACACAGAAAGUAACCGUCAAAAACAAAAGCAGUUACAAGAAAUGAAUGCGCGAUUAAAGACAUCACGAGCACCAACACGAGAAUCAACAGAGCCUAGAGGUAGAAAAAGAUAUCGUGACUCUGAUGUUGAACGACAAAGGGCAGAGGAAGAGACGAGAAGAAUAGAGUUUAAAUUGAUCAUGCCAGAGACACUCAAAGGCAUCCUGGUAGAUGACUGGGAAAAUAUCACAAAGAAUCGACUUGUUUUAAAUAUUCCAGGCGAAUAUACUGUAGAUAAAAUACUAGAUGAAUACAAGAAUCAAUAUCCUGUAAAAGACGAUGUAUUGGAUGAAUUUAUAAAGGGCAUACGAUUAUACUUCAACAAGACACUAGGAUCGCUCUUAUUGUAUAGAAAUGAACAUGAUCAAUAUACUGAACUAUGUGCAAAUAAAGAACCUAGUAGCAUAUAUGGUGCUGAACAUCUACUUCGACUCUUUGUUGAAAUGCCCAAUCUUUUGGCACAAGCAAGCAUUGAUGCAGAGACACAGAAUGAACUAAAGAGCCGUUUUGAAGACUUUUUGAACUAUAUGCAGGAACGUGAAAAGGAUUACUUUUUAAAUGAUUAUCAAACAAAGGCAUAA